CCCCAUCCCAACGUCCAUUCAACCCCAGCAUCAUCCCCGCCCCACGCCGGCCUCCUUCCAGAACCCAGCAUCACACACUAUAGCCAAAUAGUAGAAAUUCAACUAGGUCCAUCUGAACUCACAGUAGCCAAUCGCCAUCAUGGCUCCGCCCGUAGCCGCCGCCAUCGGCGCGCAGGCCUCGCGCCUCGCCAAGGACCUGCCCCUCGGCGGCAGCGCCUCGUCAUCGACCAUCCCCAGGCUCGUCUACGGCACGGCCUGGAAGAAGGAUCGCACCGCCGACCUUGUCUACGCCGCGCUCAAGGCCGGCUUUCGCGGGGUCGAUACGGCCGCGCAGCCCAAGCACUACGACGAGCGCGGCGUCGGCGAGGGCGUUAGGCGCGCUGUUUCUGAGGGCAUCGUCAGGCGAGACGACCUCUUUGUUCAAACCAAGUUUACGUCGCCCGGGGGCCAGAACCACAUCACCCCGUAUGACCUCGACGCGCCUCUCGUCGACAAGGUGCACCAGUCCGUCCAGUCGUCCCUCAGAAGCUUUACGCUCAAGGGCCAGGAGCCGUAUCUCGACAGCCUCGUGCUGCACUCGCCCAUGGACACCGUGGACGAGACGCUGACGGUGUGGAAAACGCUUGAGUCGUAUGCACCGCACCGCAUCCGUCACCUUGGCAUCUCCAAUACGACCCUGGCCAUCCUUGAUGCCAUCUACGCGCGCGCGUCGGUCAAGCCGGCGGUCGUGCAGAACCGCUUCUACGGCCAGACGGGCUACGAGGCGGACAUGAGAGCCUACUGCCGUGAGAAGGGCAUCGUGUUCCAGGCCUUUUGGACCAUUGGCGCCAACAGGAUGCUCGUGCAGAGCAUGCCGGUGGGGUUCGUCGCGCAAAGCGCCGGCGUGGAUGGCGUAGCCGCGUACUACUCGUUGAUCCUCGGCUUGGAGAGCAUGACGGUGCUCGAUGGAACGACGGACGCGGCACACAUGACUGCGGACCUGGAGGGCAUCGAGAGAGUCGGCUUGUGGGCCGAGGGCGACGGCGCGAGUGACUGGGAGCAGGCACUGGCGGCCUUCAAGACCAUGGUAGGAGACAUGUAGGGAAUGGACGACAACGCGACCAACGCAUCACAACGACAAGCUCGGGUGCUUCCGCUUUUACAAGUUUGAAUCGUCUUCAUUCAGUCGUCAUGGAGUUUGGUGAUGCGUCUAUAUGUCCUUGGCAAACGUGUUGGCAACAAUAAACGGGAAGCAGGCGGUGGCUUCAAGAUAGACCUGCAGCAAAGUUAGUCCCGAAAGCGAACACCCGUGCUGCGGAAAGG